AUGUUACGAGAAAAUGGUACGACGAGUGCAUUUGACUUGUGGCCUCAGUGGUUGACAGCUGCCAGCGUGACUAUACUGGCCGUAAGCUUAGGUCUUGUGGCUGGCUGGACGUCGCCGUAUUUGGCAAAAUUCACGCACAAGGAAACGGAGAUUCACAUAACCGAAGACGAGGCAUCUUGGAUAGCUUCUUUUUUACCAAUGGGACGACUCUUCGGUGCUAUUUGUGGUUCCUUAUCCUUGGAAUAUUUCGGCAGCAAAGUAUCGCUCGUCAUCACAGGAUUACCCUUGAUGAUCGGUUGGAUAUGCAUGAUAUUUGCCACCACGGCCGUAGGGUUUUAUGUGUUUAGAAUUCUUACGGGUGCUUCGAUGGGCAUGUUCUUCACUUGUUUUCCCAUUUUCAUCGGCGAAAUAUCAACAGCACGUAUACGAGGUGCCUUAAUCGGGCUAGUGAUUAAUGGCCUACCCAUUGGCACUGUGAUUGGAAACAUAAUGGGUCCCCAGAUAUCGUACAAGUGGUUUGGUGUCAUUAGCCUCCUGCUGACUUCGAUUUUCCUCUUGACGUUUCCCUGUCUACCGAAAUCACCGUAUUACCUUAUACGACAUAAUUCCAUGGAGAAUGCAGCUAAAUCAAUUUAUUUUUAUCAUCGAAAAUCAAACGUCACGGAGGAAAUAAAAGAAAUCAAGAUAUUUAUAGAGGAAACGAGAGUGUCAACUCUUCGCCAGAGAUUCAAGCUAAUGGCGGAACCAAAUAAUCGUAAUGCUUUUUUAAUCGUCGUCUCAUUGUUCUUCUUCAUGCAAAUCGGUGGACUCAAUUCCAUAGUAUUUUACAUGGAAAUCAUCAUUCGCAAAGCCAAGGUUACCUUCAUAUCACCGUCGAGUGUCGUGAUAAUCGUUACCUCCAUCGGGAUCAUUUAUGGUUGGCUGGGCAUAUACGCAAUCGAUCGUUACGGUAGAAAAUUGCUUCUUAUCAUCUCGUGUAGCAGCAUAAGUAUCGGUAUGAUGACAAUAGGAACUCAUUUUCUUCUGUUAACACAUGGUUACAAUUCCGAAAUGCUUCAACCUCUACCAGUUAUAUCCAUGAUAAUGUUUAUGAUGAUCUGCUUCGGUCUAACUUCCGUACCUAGUACCCUACUGUCGGAACUCUUUCCAGUGACUUUGAAGAGCAUAGCCGGUUUUAUCAGUAGUUUUACAUCAGCAUUAUUUGCUUUCAUAUCUACUAAAACUUUUCAACCAUUGGUGGAUCUACUGACAAUGCCAUACGUCUUCUUCAUCUAUGGGAGUAUAACGAUAUUAUGCAUUUUCUAUACGAUUUUCUACGUACCCGAGACAAAAGGAAAAACAUUAAAAGAAAUCCAAGUUUUACUUAAGAACAGAAACAGACAUGCCGACAGAAGGAGUCAAACGGACGAAGAUAAAUUAGAAUUUAUUGUAUUAGAGAGAUUUAGAUUUUUGACUCUUCUCUUUUGGUUAAGUUUCUUCUUAUUAUUAUUUCCCUUUACAGUAGGUCUCCUGUUAAUGCAGAUAGGAUUAUUAGCAGGAUGGUCGUCGCCCUACAUAGAACGAUUAUUAACCGGUCAAUCGUUCAUGCUGAUAACGGUCAAAGAGGCAUCACUGAUCGUAUCGUUUCUUAAUUUAGGAAGACUUUUCGGCGCGAUUAUCGGCGUUAUAUUCGUGAACAUUUUCGGUAGCAGAAAGUCGAUACUAAUAUGCACCAUACCGAUGAGCUUUUGUUGGAUCUUCACGAUAAUAGCCGACAGAAUCUUUUGGUUAUAUCUCGGACGAAUUUGCGGUGGAAUUUCCAUGGGAAUUAGUUACUCUUGCUUUUCUCUCUAUUUAGGUGAAAUCGCCGAUUCGAAUAUACGUGGUGCUUUGGUGACAGUCGGCAUGGCCGGCGUUUCAUGCGGGACCCUCUUUAUAUUCCUCAUGGCAUGUUAUUUAUCCUUCAGGAUAUCGGCUAUCGUUAAUCUUAUAUUUAAUAUUAUUCUCACGAUAUUGUUCAUUUGGCUACCGGACACUCCUCAUCAUUUGGUGAAAAAAAAUCAAGACGAGAAAGCCAAACAAUCGAUCCUUUGGUAUCACAGAGAUUCCAACGUCGAUUUAGAAUUAUCGAACUUGAAAAAUUUCUACAACGAGUUCAACGAGUCUACGUUCGUCGCGCUUAAACAAUUUAAAAUACCACAGAUAAGAAAUGCGAUGCUAGUUACCAUCGCAUUAUUCUUUUACACACAAAUGUGCGGUCUCAAUACGAUAUUAUUUUAUAUGGAAACUAUCAUAAAAUCGGCACAAGUUGACUUUAUCGAACCGUCCUUCAUCGUUAUUAUCGUCACUAUAUUUGGAAUAAUGGCCUCAUUGAUAUCGAUGACACUCAUCGAUACGUUCGGAAGAAAAAUUCUCAUGUGUUGCUCUUGUUUAAUGGUUAUAAUAGCACUGUCCAGUCUGGGAACGCACUUUCAACUUUUAGAUAUGAACGUUGAUCCAAAAAUCAUACAAUGGCUGCCAAUAGUUUGUAUAAUAUUGUUUGAAAUGGCCGCCUUCGUGGGAUUACUUCCGGUACCAAGUGCCGUAGUAGGAGAAAUAUUUCCGCCUAAUAUAAAAUGUGUCGCUGCGAGUAUAUCAAGUAUAUUCGCUUCCUUAUUUGCACUCGUAGCAGCUGGAACUUAUCAAAUAUUAGUCGAUCUAAUAACUAAAAAAUAUAUUUUUUGGAUGUAUUCGAUAAUAAUGACUACCGCCAUACCAGUUACGAUCAUUUUUUUACCAGAAACAAAAGGGAAAACGUUACAGGAGAUACAGAAUCAGUUGAUGAAUGGAAAAUUGAAAGAAGUUAAGAAUAUAAACGACAAAACCGAAACUAGCAGAUUUUGAAGAUUUACAAAUGUAUGCUUUUUAUGUAUUUCUACUUAUCUGUAAAUUAUGUGUACGUACGUAGUCUAUAUGUCUGUAUAUAUGUAUGUCUGCAUGUAUGUAUGUAUGUAUUUAUGCGUAUAUGUUUAUUCUCGACCGUGUGAAACACGUUGACUAUGCUAAUGAGUUAUUUAGAUUAAUUAUAUACACUGAUUUUUAUUAUUAUUUAUUUGUACGUCGAACAUUUAUAUAUAUAUAUAUACAUACACAUACACAUAUGUGCGUGUGAUACUAUCAAUGUAUACUAGUCAUAAUUGUUACGAUAUAUAAUUAUUACAUAACAAUAUUAGAAAUAGAGCAACGUAAAUGCAAUGUAUAAUAACAACGAAAUAAAUAUAAUUAUUUUCUUUUAUCCCGACCCUUCCCCCCUCAUCUCUGU